UCUCCGGUUUCCUUUUCUCUGUAAUUGCCAUGGCUCGCACGAAGCAGACGGCGCGCAAGUCGACCGGCGGCAAGGCCCCGCGCAAGCAGCUGGCCACCAAGGCGGCCCGCAAGAGCGCGCCGGCCACCGGCGGCGUCAAGAAGCCGCACCGCUACCGGCCCGGCACGGUGGCCCUGCGCGAGAUCCGGCGCUACCAGAAGUCCACCGAGCUGCUGAUCCGCAAGCUGCCGUUCCAGCGGCUGGUGCGCGAGAUCGCGCAGGACUUCAAGACCGACCUGCGCUUCCAGAGCUCGGCCGUGAUGGCGCUGCAGGAGGCGUGCGAGGCCUACCUGGUGGGGCUCUUCGAGGACACCAACCUGUGCGCCAUCCACGCCAAGCGCGUCACCAUCAUGCCCAAGGACAUCCAGCUGGCGCGCCGCAUCCGCGGGGAGAGAGCGUAAUCCAAGGCUAUUUUCUCUAGACUUUGAAA